UGCUCGCCAACCCACUACUCAGCUUCCCCCCACCAAAACCUUUAUCCUGCGGCUGGUACACUCGAAGAGUCAUGUCAGGUCUCCAUCAACGAUGACAUCUCCCUUGAGUUGUAAAAAUUUCAUUCCACACGGCAGCCGAUCAGAGAUCCUACUCCUACCACCGCGCAGCGAUGAUUUCAUGACUUCUCACCCAUGGACAGCAAUGUACCUCAUCUCGCCUCCCCUUCCGCGCGGAGUCUCCGCAGUCCAGUUCAACAUCACGAGCCAUGACCAAGGAUGGUGCAGCGAUAGAAGCCAGGGCAUCUGGUCAUGGUUCGAUGUGUCCAUCUUGUGCUCUGACCGAGAUGGUGGUGAAGACCCUUCUUCCUUAUUUUCUGACUUGUCGGAUCAUCCUUCAUCAUAUCUCAAGUCUAGACCCGAAGAUUUCCGCCAGGUUUUGCAGGAUCAGGGGUUGCAUUUCAAGAACAUCCCCAAACAAGACCCAGAUCCAGCCAAGCCGGGGAGUAUUGCGAAGCGGAUGGCUUCGAAUCAAAUCCAGAGGUCCUGGCAACAACAUGUUGUAAUUUGGAGAGUGGAAGAUGGUGGUGAGGAAGCUGAGUUCCUGUCCUGUCUUGAAGAAGGGGAUCAGUUGGUCGUUUGGGCUCGCACACAGGUGGGUUUGUGUCUAGUCUACAAUAGUAGUAGUAGUAGUAGUCUUGAUUGAUAGACUAUUAUUACGGGAGGUGGUGCUGAUCAUCAUGCUCUGAUAGUUCCCUGGAUGGAUUAAUUGUGUGAAAAAUGUGGAAAUAAAGGUCUCGGUUGAUGAGGU